AUGAAAAUGAAAGUAGUUAUUGAUUUCAGCGGUUACUAUUUCAGGAAUAAAUUUAUAAUAAAAGAAUUUUGUUGGUGCCGAUUAGUUAAUUUAAGAGUGAUAACUAAGCCAAUAAUAAUCGCAAAAGAUCCGCAAUUUUCUGUUCCGUCGCAACCGUACAAUAAUAGUUACAAAAAUUUUAUGGAAAAAUUUGGUAUUAAAAACACUAAUCAGUUAUAUCCAAUGAAUCAAUUACGUCAAAAAGUGAAGCUUAUAAUUGUUCAAAAUGAUCUUAUUUACGUACGAAAUGAUCACCAAUUAAGUAAAUUAAUGAGUUUUAUUAGCGACAGGAAAUAUCAAUCUGACAAAAUAAAACUAUUAAGUGAUUUAGGUUUCGAUGAUAACUAUGAAUUAACUGGAACAAAUUGUCCUCAUCAUAUUAAUAAAUCAAAUAAUUAUUGCGCGGGUGAUAAUGCGAAAUUAAUGGCUGAUUGGUUAAUAGAACGUAAAGUAAAUAAAAUACGAUUACGUACAAAUAUGCAAUUGGUUAUUAAUUUCAGCGGAUACUAUGAUUUAAAAAAUGAAUUUAUAAUAAAAGAACUGAGUAUUCGUGGAUUAAAUAAUGAUGGUAAUAUUGUUUAUCACAAACUAUAUGUUAGUAAACCAGCAAAUGAUUCAACUAAUAGUUUUAUGAAUGAAAGUGUUAAAAAUAUAUACAAUGAUAUUUAUUAUGAUAAUUUCGGAAUUAAGUAUGAAGAUGGUAACUGUGAUUUGUUUCGUAUAGAUAUAAAAAUUAGCAAAUUAUUAAUUAAUUUCGAUAUUAAAAUAAUUUAUGUGAAAAACCAUUAUUAUUACAAUUUAUUGAGUAAAAUUAUUGAUAAUAUUGGAAAAUAUGAUGAUGCAAAUAUUAAACGAUUUGACGUUAUUUGUUUGGAAGAUUACAAUUAUAUUGAUGCAUAUGAUAUUUAUUCCAAUUGUGGGUAUCAUAAACAUGACGACAAUAAUAAAAAUAUAUGCGUCGAUAACAGCGCAGUUAAUAUGGUUAAUUGGAUCCUAACCAACAAGUUCUAUAAAUCUGAGGUUAGGAAUCGGUUUUCUGGAACUUCGUUAAACGAUGAUAUUAAUAUUGAUGAUGAAUUGGUUAAUCAAUUUAUAAUAGAUGAUAAUAAUGAAUUACCAUCAAUUAGUUCUGAUGAUUUGCAAUGGUUAUAAAACGAUUUUGAUGAUCUCCCUGAUUAAACAACUAAAUUCGAUCGUAUUAAACAGAAUUAAAUUUUUAAUUCUAUUUAAUUCAGAUUCAUUCUGUUAAUUCCGUAUCUAACUUAAAAAUGAAUUCUGUCUAAUUCGGCAGGAAAACCAGAAUUUUUCCAAAUUAAAAUGAAUUUAAAUAAUUCUAUUCGGUUUAAUUCUGAUUAAUUCGAAAAUAAUUCUCCAAUUUCUGGUUCUGAAUCCG